AUGUCACAAAUUGAAAACUAGCAUUGUAGCUAAAUUGAACUCUAGCAAAAAAAUAAUGAAAAAUUAGAAGCAAGCACUAUAGCAGAUCAUAAUAAUUCUUUUAAGUUAGAAGAUAAAAAUAACUAUAACUCAGAGCUAUCUAAAUAUAGUUCUACGACAAUUUUAAAGAAUUCCCCAACUUAUCGAGAUAGGUAGCGUAUUGACUCGAUAGGAUAGCCUAUCUUAAAAUUUGGCAAGUAGCAUAAAAUAUAAUUUAGUGAUAAUCUCAUAGAUGUGCAUAUAGUAGAAAACUGGAAGGAAUAUAAUGUGCUAGACGACGAGGAGUUAGAGUAAAAAUGCAAUUGUUGGCUAAUUUGA